UAAAGAGGAGAUGGGCAAGCCCUAUGGUAUUAUAUUCAGGAGGGUGGGAAUCUUUGUGAAAUAUGCCAGAGUAUAACAAGGUAAAUUAGUGGAUGGUGGGAACACAUCGGACGGCGGUCGGUAAAUUUAAUAGGCUCACCAAACACCGAUCUUAUUGCACUCCACUCAGCUACGGUUACAGAACAGCACACAGGCCCAGAAGAAGAGGAGGAAGAACCAGUUGGCAGUAAGACCGGCACUGGCGGCGGAACGGGUUAUGUCGAUAAUGGCGUUUGGUGGUUACACUCUUUUUGUUUGAGGAUUGGGUAACCUCCUCAUGUGUGGAUGUAUCAUAUGUGUAAGUAUGGAUGGUAACUGUACUGUACUCGUACAAGCAAGAUGUGGUUGUAAAGCGAAGAUAACUCUCAUCCAAUCCAUUACCGCCUCGGACUUAUCGAAAAAUGGAAUGGGCUCACCCUUUCUUAUUCCCUUUCCCACAAUGGUUGCGGAGCACGGGAGCAUUGUGAGGUACAGCGCAUUGUGCAGAUGCGCGUACUAA